AUGUUCCAGAAAUAGUAAUUGUCAGAAUACUAAUACAUAUUACAUACAAUUAUUAAACAUGGUUAUGUGAAUAUGAAUCAAAUUCUGAAAACACCCUCUUAAACACCCUCAUACUGAAGUAAUCUGUCUGAUGUUUGUGAUGUACAUUUGGAUCUAGAAAUUAGUAUAGUCAAAUAGGCUUAUGUUUUAUUUCUAAAAUAUAUACGUGCUGUUACAGCCAAAAAUAUCAACAUUUUAUUUUCAUUUAUGUGAUAGACAAGUACAAAGUUUCACAUAAUUGAGGAGCUGAAGAAAAAAGAUGAAUGGUUUUCAGUACUGUUUUACAAAUAAACAUCUAAAAUGUAUGGCAUGCAUUUGUACAAGCAUUCAGCCUCAUUCCACUGGUCCGCUAGUGUUUUAUAUUCCCAGAAUAAGUACAGCAGUUCUGUGAGGUUUGUGUUCCGGUGAGUUUACAUAAUGAUGAAGACUGUAGAGUACGCCAUAAGUUUAGCUAGUUUAAAGCAGGGUUAGGUUUUAAAAUAAUAUUCCAAGCUUCAAACAUAUCACAGUGUGCUUUUCAAUCCAUUGUCACAAAAUAUACAGAGUAUGGCGCAACAGCAAGCUAAGAGUUGGUAAAAUUAACUUAAAAGUUUAAUCACAUUAUUUUGUGUUACUUGUAAAAGUGACUACUAAAAAUCUUUACAACUUAUUUGCAAACUUUUUAGGCAACCUUAUGGCUGUGACAGCACUACUAACACAGCCCCACAAACACAAAAGCUAUUACCUAUUAUGAACGUAGCACACAUUGCUUGAAUUUAGAUGGAGAAACAAAAGAUAACCCAAAAGUACUAAAAAAGAUGGUGAAAGUGUUGUAAAAACUUAAACUCACUCAAAGAACAAAAUAAUGUGUUGGAGGAUGGCUUGUUUUAUUUUAGAGCAAAGAUUAUAUGUCACACUUCCUGAAACUAAUUUGUGAAAUACUAUCUAAAUGAAAUAAAUGGUGUGAAAAGUUAUGUGAAUGUGAGUGGGAUUAUGCCACAAAAAGUGUUUAGAAAGACUGAAAUCAAGCUAAACCUGUUACUUCAAAUAGACCUGAGGCAGAGUCCUUCCAUGACUCUGAUUUGUCCCCAAUUGAUCUGCUCUUUAUUUAUAGCUACUAUUUAUAACCUACUGUGCUUUAUCUAUGCAAAAUAGAGCUUUGUCCAACUACUACUAGCAUGCAUCUUCCUAAGUUAAUGCUUUAAGAUUCCUGCAAUUUGAUCCGGAAAUAUGUAAUGUACCGCAUGCAAGACGCAAAAGUGCUAAGAGCUAUCAUUGUUGCAUGCCGGCGGACAUAAAUAGAUGUGUGUCUGGUAUCAGUGAGGUUCUUGGCAUGGAUUCCCAGGCCAUAGGAUCAGUUCUGUUGCUAGUUUGGCUUCGGUGCAAAUGAGAAUUAUCUACUGGGCAUCCAAAGCAGUUGGUCUUAACACUAAGCUGUAUCUAGGCUUGUGCCCAAACCAGUAUCACUCGUUGAAUGAAACUGUGAAUUAAAUGCAAGCAGAUGAUCAACACUAACAAUCAGAAGAUUUCAAAUCCUAACACGAUAUUCGCUGCUUUCCUCCUCCUCUGCAGCCAUCCCAUGAGAUGCAUCAAAAGGCUCUUCACUGCCUUGCAUUGCUUUGUGAGUAGAAGACGAUGGUUUGCAUUUCAGUUGUGGUAUAAGCUACGUGCUCCAGACCUGGCGGCCAGCUAUGUUUAGAAGCACAGUAAUCGGUAUGAAAGGUUUCAGCAACACAGCCGCACAGGGACAGAUGGAAGCAUAUUAGAUCAGCCUUAGGGGCUUUGAGUGUUGCCUGGAAACAAUUAGCAGUUUAAAAAACUUUAAACAGCUUACCAACACCGAGACGCGGGAAUUAUGUGGCAAGUGAGAAAACGUGUUCCACAAUACUCAGCACUGUUGCUCUGGAUAAUACAGAUUUUAUUUAUUAUACACAGGAUGCCUCCAGGCAUCAAACCCUCUCGUUUAUCUCCUCUUUUUCACAAACAGUUGAGAUAAAGUGUGUUCAAUAUUUUGUGACACAAGCAUCUAAUCCUAAUUUUAGUUUUUCUUCGUGAAUGUUUUUUAUUGAUAUUCAUCUCCCUUUAACCUUGUCUGAUUUUGAAACAUUAGAAUCAUGCUUUUUAUUAUUUCACAAGACAAACCAACACAAACUAGGAGUACAUUCUUCCACAAUUGUUUUGCAAUGUGGAUGGAUGGAUUUUUAUAUGUAAUAAAAUUUAAAUAACCAGAGUUUGGAUGUGGGGCAUCCAAACUCUGUAGAUAAAGUGUAGAUCAAUUGGGCACUUGCAUAGAAGGCAUAAACAGUGCUGGAUUAUCAUUACAAUGUGUAAAAUUUAAAAUUGGUUUGGGUUGGUUAUUAUUUUAUGAAACACAAAGCAGAGGCUUAGCGCAUAAAAUCUUAAAGAGGCAUCUUAUCUUUAUUAGCCAAAUGAAUCGCUGUUUUUACCUUUAAAACAGUCUGCUUUGAGAGAAAAUAUAACACGGGUAGUUUCAUUUGCACCUGCAUGCAGCCGAAUCCCUUCUGGGUGCUGCAGAGGUGGUGGGUGAGUCAGCCUGGCUGUUUUUUUUGCGCUGACAGAUUCUAAAGACCUUUUGGCAGUGUUUUUAUUUGUAUACAGCCUGUAAUUGUACAGACAGAUCCUCCAGUAAGCAAGGGGGCAGAAGCAGUGUGUGUGAGGCGUCGCCUCUGUGACCCAGUGAGAGCGAAUUGUACGUGAACAAGACUGGAUGGAAAAAGAGUCGUGAAUAAGUCUGCAGCUUCCUCCUGAUCUAAGCCCAACAGGUGAUGCCAGCUCAGGUCACCAUGGUGACCUUUGCUGACACCAGGCAGGUCUCUCCAAUGGAGCUUCAUGAACCUCCGUGUCUGAGUGCCACGCUGUCUCCUGGGAUCAGGCGGAAAAAGAUGCUGUGGCAGAACGCGGUGAAACACAUCAUUACCCAACAAGAGCUCAGCUCUCAGGUGGGUGUGGAACCAGCUCGCAAAAUCUUUGUGACCGAUACCUACAUAGAUGAGAUCAACAAACAAAUCCGCAGCAAGGCCUCCCGUGGAGUCACAAAACGCCGCUCCUCCACAUUCAAAGUCCACAGUCGAACCUCCACCAGCACGCACGGCAGCAUCAGGGUCCCAACGCAGCACUACACCAGCGACGCUGACUUCUUUGUGCACUGGUGCAACACUGUUCACAGCGUUUACAUACCCAUGCUGGGGCACACCUUUAAAUCCCGCGAUCUGGAGAAACUCUACCAGCAAUACUCCUCCCACCAGCGGAGGAACUCUCUGGCCGUCACCAAUGUAAUCGAUGCAGUGACUAAGCUCCACAUGUUGGUCCUGUAUCUGGCACUGGCCCCGGACGCUGUUACGGAUCGUUUGCGUGGCUAUUUGACUGGCAUCUUCAUGGUGCUGGCUAUAGCACUUUGCAUACUAGUGUUAACUUGCAAAGACUCCAUGUCCCCACAGUGGCUUCAUUAUGCUGGCAUUGCAAGUUGGCUGUCACAGACCACACAGAUCCUAGGGGGCCUGGCUUAUGGACUAGAAAAAGACCCAUCAUGGUAUAUUUUGUUCACACUGUUUGCAACAUACACACUGCUGCCAUUACCUCUGCUGUGGGCAAUGUGUGCUGGCUUCCUCACCCCAAUACUGCACAUUUUGAUGGAGAUAUGGUUCCACUACAAUGAUGCUUUGCUUUUGAAUAAGGUGUUUGCCAAAGGCCUGCUGUACAUGGGCAUGAACACAGCUGGCUUGUUCAUCCACUAUCUGACAGACCACGCCCAGCGGCAGGUUUUUCUGGAGACGCGGCGCUGCAUUGAGGGUCGCCUCAAACUUGAGCAAGAGAACCAAAGACAGGAGCGACUGGUCCUGUCUAUCCUCCCUCGCUUUGUUGCUUUAGAAAUGAUCGCUGACAUGAGCUCCAUGGAGAACGAACUCAUCCCCCACGAGUUUUAUAAGAUCUGCAUCCACCAGUAUAAAGAUGUCAGCAUCCUUUUUGCAGACAUUAAGGGCUUCACCCAGCUGUCUAUAAACCUGUCAGCCCAGGAAAUGGUUCUAACCCUUAAUGAGCUCUUUGGACGCUUUGACCGACUUGCUGAGGAGCAUCACUGUUUGCGGAUAAAGAUACUGGGAGACUGUUACUAUUGUGUUUCGGGGGUACCGGAGCCGCAGCUUGCCCAUGCACGUUACUGCGUAGAAAUGGGCCUGGCUAUGAUCAGCACAAUACGACUUGUCCAGAAGCAGCUGAACAUUGACUUGGACAUGAGGAUCGGUAUCCACUCCGGCUCCGUCCUCUGCGGGGUCCUGGGCUUGCAGAAAUGGCAGUUCGAUGUCUGGUCCUGGGACGUGAGCAUCGCCAACAAGCUGGAAGCGGGAGGAAUACCUGGACGUAUCCACAUCUCCAAGGCCACCCUGGAUUGCCUGGGAACCACAUACGAGACGGAGGACGGCCACGGUCGUGACAGGAAUGAGUUUCUGCGAAAACACAACAUCGACACCUUCCUUAUUUGUCCUCAAGAAGGCAGGAACCAUCCGGAGCCCAUAAAAGUCCAGAAGAGCAUUCGGACCUGGAGCCCAGAGAUCCCUUUUGGUCAUGCCAUCGAUAUGAACUGCAUUCUGGCCUCUUUCACCAACGGCUCUCUGCCCAGCUUAUGGCAGUGCACCUCCAGAGAGAUAAACAAACGCAUCAAACACGCUACCCAGGUCCGAAGCAGUGAGCGCAUGCGCAAGGAGCACAUCACUGCUCUGACCUUGGUGUUCAAAGACACACACAUAGAGAACAAGUUCUCCCAGAUCAGAGAUGAAAUGUUUAACUCCAACAUGGUCUGCUCCUUCAUCGUGCUCCUCUUCCUCAUGGCUGCCCAGGCUGCCAUCCCUACUCCCAGACUGUUCCCCGCCGUCCUCCAGUUUUCCCUCUUCCUUCUUGCCUACUUGCUGCUCCUGCUGGUUGCCCUUGCCGAGGAGUUCAAGUGGACUCCAGCCGCUUUGCAGAGGUUCUGCUGCUGGAUCCACGAAAACAACAGCGCCCGAAACCUCCUCACUCUCACAGCCAUCAUCGCCAACUUUGGCUUGGCUUCGACUGACUUGGUGUGGUGUGUCCUAACAGCCUCUGAAGAAGCUGACAUAAUGGAGGAGAAGAGCCCAGGCUCAUAUUCAGUCUCCGUCUGUUCUUAUCCUGAGAUCUUCGUGCUGAGCGGCGUGGUCGCCAUGGUGACGUGUGCCGUGUUUCUGCGCCUGAACUCCCUGCUGAAGCUGGCGGUGCUGCUGCUGGUGGUGAUGGUGUACUCCUACCUCAUACACCUCGCCUUUGUCACGCUCACACGCAGCGACGCCCAGCACAGGUCCCACUAUAUCAGGAGAAAAUGGAUUUCCAUUCUUCUCAUGGCGAUGUUUAUUGUAGCUGUCUUCUACAACGGGCGGCAGUGGGAGGCCACCGCCAGACUGGACUUCUUGUGGCGUCUGCAGGCUCAGCAGGAGGUGGAGGACAUGAGGGAGCUGCGGGAACACAACGAGUGUUUGUUGCACAACAUCCUGCCCUUGCAUGUCGCACAGCAUUUUCUGGAGCGCAGCAGACACGAUGAGGACCUUUACUCCCAGUCCUACGAAGAAGUGGGUGUUAUGUUUGCUUCUGUUGCCGGGUUCGAUGAGUACUUUGAGCAGAAGGAGGUCAAACAUGAAGGAGUGGACUGCCUCCGACUGCUGAAUGAGAUUAUAGCCGGCUUUGAUGAGCUAUUGGAGGAAUCUUAUUUCCACUACGUGGAGAAGAUCAAGACAAUCGGAAGCUGUUACAUGGCGGCGUCUGGUUUAGCUCCGAACAAACGGGGAUCGUUGGAUGAGUGGAAUCACCUGAGCGAGCUGGUUUUAUUUGCUUUGGCCAUGCAGGAGAUUUUAAGAGAGAUAAACAACCACUCUGCCCAAAGCUUUGAGCUGCGUGUGGGUAUCGCCCACGGACCGGUGAUUGCAGGUGUGAUCGGUGCCAGCAAACCCCAGUAUGAUAUCUGGGGAUCCACAGUGAACUUGGCCAGUCGCAUGGACAGCACAGGUGUGAGCGGACGCAUCCAGGUUCCUGAGGCCACCCGCAAGAUCUUGGCAGAAUGGGGAUUCGUUCUGCAACUUCGAGGAGAGAUAUUUAUUAAGGGGGUGAGUGAAUGCCAGGGGAAAGUCCGUACAUAUUUCAUAAGCACCAUGCGCAGUAAGAGGGGCAGAGUUGGUGGAGAGAAGUGUUCAGGGGGCCGAGCGGGAGGUCGCAUGACCCUGGCCGGAGUGGUGCACGGCCUCGUCCAGGCCAGGCACAAGGAGAAGAUGAGAGAAGCCAAUGGGAAUUUUGGUUUAACCCCCUGCAAACUGCAGUGCUGAGAAGUAAACCACGUGGUCCACAAAUGGUGUUUCUCCAAGUUUACAGGACAAAGUAAAAACUUGCCAAAAAUCCUUGUUCCGGUUUCGUCUGCACUCCUCCGACUGAGAAAGUCCUUUGUGACUUCUUAGUCUGUGUGGUAAAGGUUCAGAGUGGUGUUUUCUGAACAUUGCUUUGAAAUUAACUUGAAGACAUCUUUUAUGCCAUUUUGUUUAGUUAAGGAAAAGCCAACGAUUCUUUGCUGGAACAAUAUUCUGGCUAGAUGACAGACUUUUGAGCCAAAACACGGAAUACCUCAAUAAGACCAGCUCAAAUGGCCUAUUAAACUGUGAACAAAUGUUUUUACUUCAUUAUUGUUCACCUACUGUUAACAGGUACAUUAUGUGUAUUCAUGUUAUCUCCUAUUUGGUUUCUCUCUUUUUUUGUCUGUGUAUUAAUUAAAAACUCAUGUAACUCUUCUCUUCUUGCAAAUCAAAGUACAAAGAAUGUAAUUUGUUUAAGUAACCAUAUAUUUUAUAUCAGGUCUGACGCAGUAUGUGCUUGCUAUUGUGUGCUCUAAUUGUGCAGUUUUAAUAAGUAAUAUCCAUAUGUUACAUAUAUGUAUAUCUGUAUGUCAUUUUACAGAUAUACAUUGUAUUCAUUUCUUUUUAUAAUUUCAGCCAAUAAAAUGGGCAAAGGGGAA